AUGUCGUCCAAAUCGCAAUUGACGUACGGCGCCCGCGCCAGCACUCACCCCAAUCCGUUGGCCCGAAAGCUCUUCCAGGUGGCCGAGGCCAAGAAAAGCAAUGUGACGGUAUCAGCGGAUGUGACGAGUACCAAAGAGCUACUGGAUCUGGCCGACCAACUUGGCCCCUACAUUGCCGUGAUCAAAACCCACAUCGAUAUCCUCACAGACUUUGGACCCCAGACCAUCGCCGGGCUCCAGGCGCUGGCCCAGAAGCACAACUUUCUCAUUUUCGAGGACCGCAAGUUCAUCGACAUCGGCAAUACGGUCCAGAAGCAGUACCACGGCGGCACACUCCGGAUCUCGGAAUGGGCGCACAUCAUCAACUGCAGCAUCCUCCCUGGCGAGGGCAUCGUCGAGGCCUUGGCUCAGACGGCGCAGGCGAUGGAUUUCCCCUAUGGGGCGGACCGGGGUCUGCUGAUCCUCGCCGAGAUGACCUCGAAGGGGUCCUUGGCGACGGGGCCGUACACGGCGGCGUCGGUCGACUACGCGCGGAAAUAUCCGAGCUUCGUGCUGGGGUUUGUGUCGACGCGGUCGCUGGGCGAGGUGCCUGCGACGGUGGCAGCCAGUGCCGACGAGGAUUUUGUCGUGUUCACCACGGGCGUUAACCUCUCGUCUACGGGCGACAAGUUGGGCCAGCAGUAUCAGACGCCACAGUCGGCGGUGGGUCGUGGAGCGGAUUUCAUUAUCGCCGGCCGGGGCAUCUAUGCGGCGCCUGACCCGCAGGAGGCUGCGCGCCAAUAUCAGCAACAGGGAUGGGAGGCGUAUGUGGCCCGUGUUGGUGGGGCUCAAUAA